UGUCAAAAGCUAUCCAUAAACAGUCAUCAGAGCUCAAUAUUUCGUGCAAAUACGCGCUACGAAGUGAAUAUUACAGGUAUUGGAGCACAAUUUGUUGUGAAAAUUUACCGAAAUACGGUCAAGUUGAUCUAGUGCAAAAUUGUAAACGAAUAAACGUGAGAAUUAAGUUAGAACCAAAUCGGUCCAAAUCAAACUUGCGAAACCCGUCAAAUUGCCCCUGGAAGGGAGAAAGGUGAAAUGAAACGUAAUUAAAAGGUGACGCGUUAGAGGUCCCGGAUUUUUUCCUUCUGUCCCUCCGUUUGCUCUAGACGGGAGAUUCACAUUUCUUGUGAUACGCUGCAUACUGCGAUUCGUGAUUGUGUUGUCGAAAAUUAUGUAAUUUUGCACAGCUUGUUCGGCACAUUGACGGAUUAGCGCAAAAGGGUAUUUGUAAACAUGAUAAAAGUGUAGCGCGAAGAAAUGCACUCAGGAUGAUAAUGAUUACGCCCAUGCGGUGCUGGGGUUGAGAACUCAUGCAAUCUAGCCCGCUGUAAAUUACGCAGAAGCGAAUGUAGCAACAACACUGUAGCGCGAAGAAGUUGCACACGCAAUCGGCCGCUGUUAUUUCCAAUUCAGUGAUAUAUGUGCGAAAGGCGGUGUGAUUCAGCUUCUCACAACGAGAAUUAAUCGGAAACAACCAGAUCGGUAGGAUGUGGUGUACAAGGGACCAUUGGCAUUGGUUUGAUGGAACCGAUGUGGGAUACAUUUUUCGUGUGCAUCGCUUUUGUGAGUCAAUCAAAUCAUUUAAAGACAUGAGUGCGUCCUGUGUUGGUGUCAGUACAACUUGAAUAAAGAAGGAAUGUGAAAAAAUGAAAAAGGUGCAGAGGUCCCCAACGCGAGAUGAAGUAGCGACAAUUGUGUGUUAAAAGAUGAACUGAAAAGGGAAGAGAACAUAUUACGAAGAUUUGUUAUUCAAUCGAAAGAAACAUUUAAGUUUUAUUAAUCAAUAUUUGAUUUGAACAGAGGACGUAAUGACGUCCUCAUCAAGCGUUGGUUCACAGUUCUCAUCCGGUGGUGCUGGGGCUAGCAGAGCAGGCGAAGGCUACCACCAAGGCUCACCGGUCCAGCAGCAAUAUCAACAACAUCAAGAACCAAUUCAUUUUCAGUCAUCACAGCAGCACCAGCAGCAAUCCUUCCACCAUCGCCACCCGAUGGUAUUGACUGGAAAUGGCGGAAGUUCCAUGGCAACACCGGUGGUCAACGGAAAAAUACAUUCACCUAUACAGACACCACAGAGCGCUGGGUCAGCUGUACGAACAAUUUCGCGGCAGAAAGCAACAAUCAGCAGGGAUGGCGAUAGCAAGGCAAAGACACUUCCAUCCCGGGUGUCACAGAUUUACUACAAACAUGGGUUGUUCCUGUCCAGCUAUCCCACCUGCGCAACCAGUGUAGCAGUUGCAGUUAUAAUAUUUUGCUGUUAUCCCCUACUGAACAUCCCCCUGCCAGGCACGUUCCCCACCAAAGUUAUUUUCCCUUACACGGAACAAAGCACACAAAAUCUACCGCUCGUGAGCCCUAGCACAAACAUCAGUACCUCGGAUAUUUUCAACCCGUUCAACUUCAACGGGAACAACUUCUUCAGCCUGUACAACAUCAGUCUCGAGGCACCGUUCCCCUGGGCGCGGAUAGAUCCCCUUCUGUACGUUCAGCAAAUCAUUAUGCGUUCAAGCGUGAUUCCGUGGGAAGAAAACAUGCUGCUAACAGACGCAUUCCGGGGGCCGUUGUAUGAAGUGUUCAAACUGAUAGAGAUUAUUAGGAAUCAUGAGGACGAGGUGAGCAAAACGACAUUAAGCCAGCUUUGUCUGCACGUGGAGAAUGUGAAGCGCACCUCGCAGCAGAUGCUUUUCCCGGAGUACAACUGUUUGCUUCUUUCUCCGGCAAAUCUUUGGCAGCAAAACAUUCAAAAUUUCAACAAGGAUAGCAGCUUACUCAACACGGUGUUUGUGAAUCAUAAUCUCCACAAGUCGAAAGUAUCCACCUCGGAAAUGUUGUUCGGAAUCUCGCUGAGAGACACCGGUAUCAAGCGCUACCCGAUGCGUGUCCGAUCGCGUAUCAUUCAGUACGCCGUGACGCUUAUACUGCGCGAGAAUAAUCCGGCUUAUAUUAGCUCGUUGAAAGAGCGACUGGUGAAGUCAUAUCCCCUGCACCAAUCCUCGGCUCCACGAGACGGACAACGCCAAGAGUCCCAAGUCAAAGAUCAAUCGUCAAUCAUGUACAUUUUCUAUCCGGGAGAGUUCAACUGGAAGGAAUUUUUGCCCCAGUGUAUCGCCAUCACGAUGCUGUUUCUGUAUGUUUACUUCUCUGUGCGAAAGAUCGACGAGAUCCGUUCGCGACUGGUGCUGGCAUCCAGCGCAGUGCUAACUGUGCUGGGAAGCUUACUGAUGUCACUAGGGAUGUGCUUCUUUUUCGGACUCACGAUAAGCUUGCAGUCGAAGGGUGUAUAUCCAUAUCUGGUGAUAUUGGUGGGUCUGGAGAAUGUCCUAGUCAUCACAAAAAGUGUACUGACCACGGAUAAUAAUCUGGACGUGAAGAUACGAGUUGCCCAGGGUUUGUCUCGUGAGGGUUGGUCCAUUACAAAGAAUCUGCUAGCGGAAAUCACUAUCCUAACUGUUGGACUCUGCACGUUUGUCCCGGUUAUUCAGGAGUUCUGUAUCUUCGCAAUCGUUGGGCUGGUUUCCGACUUUUUCCUGCAAAUGAUGUUCUUCUCUACCGUGCUGGCGUUGGAUAUCAAACGUGUGGAAUACAGUGCCGAGGUGAGACAACUGCCGAAGAUGCUCUACUACAAUAGCGAUGUGCGCCGGAAUGUGAUGGAAGGUUGUCGGAAUGGGGGCAUUAGUCGAUCUAUGUCUCAUCCGAAGCUCUCCGGCAUGGAUCAAACGGGGAAUCCCUUGAAAAAGAACAGUUUGAGCAGCUCCGGCAACAGCAAAGACAAGAAGAUUCCCAAGCGUUUGAGAAUUGUAAAUUUUUGGGCCAGUACCAGAUUCUUUCAGCGUGGCUUUAUGAUCUGGAUGGUUUUGUGGAUUUCCAACAUUAUUUACAACUCGGGACUUAUCGAGUUUAUGAUCGAUAAAAAUAUGUCCGCACAGCGAGCGGCCAGCGAGGCUACUAAAUUGCACAUUCCAAUCAACGAUAUGCAAGAUCUCAAAGCGGCGGAGGCUGGCCAUCUGAAUUACAACCAUUUUGCCGAGGGCGAGCUGAGCGGCAACAAUGAACGCAUUCUGAAUAUCACGGAGCAGUUGAACAGGCUCAAACAUCCAGAUUACGAAACCGUAUAUCAACUUUCCAACUUUCAUUGGUCUUCUAUCUUGAAGCAGUAUAAUGUUUCCCUCUCUGGGCGUUAUGUUACCGUGCUGCCGUCUAUAAAACUAUCCCAUGCGGUGAGCCCUCAGGCGGCUUUGACACUUCGGAAUCCGGAAGAAAAAGCGCCACACCACUUCCAGUGGAAGGCUCUGGCAGCUGCGCUGGAUCCACUUGAUCUGAGUGAUGCUGACACAGGUGAUGCACCCAACAUAAACAAAGGAGAUGCUCCUUUCUAUCCGAAGACACCGAUGGAAAUACUUCUGAGUUGCAUGCUGAUCGCCGUGAGCAUAUUUGGUGUAACCUACACGUUUGUGGUGCUCUAUCGGUGUAUGUGUACGCGAAACUAUGCCGAGUGGCGUGCCAGUUGGCAUGAGAGCGAGACAGAGGAACCCAAGCAGGAGCAACGAAUCCUGGAGGGGGUUCCCAUUCAAGUGAAUGGUCACGCCCAUCGGAUUGAGUGUUUGGUAACGGACGGUAAUAUGAUUGCCAGCUCUUGCUUGCAGGGCGAGGUGAAGAUUUGGGACAUCACAAAUGGCGAACUGAUGGCGGAAAUUUAUCGAACAAAUUACUUCGAAAUGCAGCGAAAGGAAAGUGAAGGAUCUCCGAAUGGAUCUGUCAUAAUGAAGAGCGAUUCAAGUAGUGCAAAUGUUACCGGCGUGCAAGAAGUAUUCCAAGAGCACAUACCGACGAGUUUUGUCUCCAAACUGAAGAAGAAACUCCAGUUCAAUUUCACCGGGCAUAAUCACCAGCGGGAGCAGAGCGAGAGUAACGCAGCACUGUUCGACUUUGCGGCCCAGUAUGAGAAACACUACACUAGCGACAAAUCGAAACGACACAGCGAUGGGGCGGAUCUACGGAACCGCUUUCUUCCCAAUGGUUCUAUCCAGUGCGGAGGAGUGGCGAUAGAAGGUCACAAUAAAUUGCCGGUAUCGUACGAGAACCAACACACCCAAAUGAAUGGAUCACACAGUGGCGAAGAUGAUCUCCGGAGCCAUCAGCAUUCUCCUGGCGAUUGUUCUCAGCCGCCCGGAGGGACAGCUCGGAAAAAACACUAUCAGGCGUCGCCGAUCUGGUGUUUAGAUUUUCUAGAUAAUCUCAUUGUGAUUGGGUGUGCGGACGGGCGGUUGGAAUUUUGGGAAGGUACGACCGGGAAUUUUAAGGGCAUCUUCGAGGCUGAAAGUACUCAUAAUAAUGGGGUAACUAACAUAAGACUAACAGGCGAUAAGGUGAUCGUGGCUCGACUCAGCGGAUGUGUGGAUUUCUUGCGGCUCGAAACAUACACGCAGGGCCGGCAGAUAGACUGGGGUUUCACGUCCGCGUAUCGGCGAACUCACAUCCGAACCGGUUCAGCAGGAAGCUUGAGUGUGUUCCAGACACCCCCAGCCCAGCCAGGUUCAACCACUGCAGCGCAGAACCAUCACACAUCGGAGGAGGAGUUGCGAUGCCAUCUGGAAUUUCACCAGCAGGGCCAUCAAAUGCCAGUGACGUGUUUGGAAGUGGCCGGUGGAACCGUUAUGACCGGUAGCCAAGAUCACACGGUAAAGGUGUUCCGUCUCGACAGCCAUAUGUUACAGUUUACUUUGCACGGGCACUGCGGGCCAAUCACGUGCCUUUUCAUAGACCAGUGGCAGGCGGGAAUGGGCGCCUCCGGUUGCCAGGAUGGUUUGCUGUGUGUGUGGGAUCUGAUCAGAGGUGCCUGUAUGUACAAAAUUGAAGCACACGACGACUCGAUCGUUGCCCUGGCCUGUUCACCAAGUUACGUGAUCUCACUUGGGCUGGACGAACGAAUACGCGUGUGGGAUCGUUUUCAAGGUCAACCGCUCAACGCUAUGACGGUCAGUCAUGCGUACUCCUCGCUGGUAAUGCUGACACCCUCUCUGUUAGUGACGGGCAAACCAGGUUCAUUGGUUGUAUGGGACGUUCGAACCGGCGAGAUUGCCAAGGAGGUUAAGCUAGACUGUUCCAACUCACAGUUCAGUCCAAAAACAAUGCUCCCAGCGUGUGGCUCAGUGAUUUGUGACUAUGGGAAUCAAAUGAGAAUCGUUCGAUUCCCGCUGGUCGCUGCGGACAAAUGUGAAUAAGUGUUGAUGUGCUGCACUGACUGAAAUUUGCGCAUAGUGUGCUAGUGAGACUUCUGAAGAAAACUUUUUUACUCAAUUCAACUAAUUAUGCAGUGUGUCAUUCAAUACGAUGGCGACCGAGAUUUACCCGAGGGUUAGCUGAUUUCAUCAGUAUAUUUGCACACUGAACAUCCGUCGUAUUGGAUAUCACCGCAAUCAAGUGGGAAAAGUCACGUCCAUUAGAGCUUUGUUGGUUUCUGUUGCCUAUUCGCUAAUUUAAUAACGCUUACUGCUUACCUUGUUCACGUUUCUCUUCGAGACUCAAAAAUCAAACGAAAAAUGGCAAUCUAGGGAAACGAGCAGCUCUCUAAAAACAGAGUUUUUGUUGUAGUAACUUAUUGUUAUUUCUUUAAGCUUUUUUCUAGUUUCUAAUUGGUAAGCAAUUCAAAUCAAAACGGUGGUGUCCUUAAACUCGCCUUAGGGCGAGUUAGUGGUUGUUGGUCGCAACAGAAAAUGAUCAAAUUAAUCUGGGUGAUAGUGUAAGAAACCAAUGGUGGAGCAGUUUCACUCUCGCGCUAAUACUGAACUUGUACAAUUACUUGAUAACGCCAAUAUCUUUCAAGAUUAGAAAAAAAACAAAAUAGCUGCUUAAAAGCGAACUGAUAUGCCUUUCCAUUUGAACAGUUUUCUCACGAAAACUGUAAUCGUAGAGAACAAACUAUUUUGGAUCAAAACACAGACAUCAUCUAUCACGAACUGUACACAUGCCACUCAAUUCAUGACGCGUAAGAAUAUCGGAGAUUGUCGCUCACAAACAAGCCUUCGUGGCCAUACACAAAGCUCUUCAGAGAUGCAGAAUAUUAGCACACCAAAAUUAAGGAUCGAGAAGAAUACAUCUAUUUUUAAAAGAA